AUGGUGCAUUACAAAAGAACAAGCAAGUUACGGCGAAUCGUCGGUUGUUGUGUAAUAGUAGUUUUAAUGAUGCGUCUGUCUGUGAUUUAUAUCGAAAAGGAUACCUACGAGGAAUCAGCAAAAAUUCAAACGAGGCCAGAACAAGGUCAUGUAAUUGAUCGACGGAGUCAGAAGUACAGUGAAGUAAACUUUCCGUGUAUAGAGCCGUGGUGUGUCGUUACUUGUAUGAAUUUAUGUGCUGCCAUACAUGGCGAACAUUUAUCACCCGAACAACGCAUUCACAUUGCUAUCGACAAAGGGCUAGAUAACGAAACCAAUCAAUUGAUAUCGCAAUAUCCGCCGCCCAAAACAUGUACUUACAGUAAUAUUAGUAGCGGUUCUUCAUUUCUUCGACAGCCAUUCACGGUUGAUUAUUUCCCGUUAGCCUUCGGCUUCAUCGAGACAUACCUUCUGGACACAAUUUCUCAUACAGCUUACUACGAUGAUAAACAUCAGGUGGUGCAUGAAACGUGUAUACCCAAGAAAAAUAGAGAUUUUAGCAGAUUAAUACCAGGCGAUCUUACUGUGACGAUCCACAGUUAG